UGUAACGUCUGACGCCAGACAAGAGAUGAUUAUCUAUGUGGUAGUCAUGCUUGUUAUCAUCGUGGCAUGCAUCACGCUUAGUAUUUGGUAUGCCUCUUGUAUUUAUUCGCUGACGUCCAGAAUACGGAAUUAUGCGUGGUCUGUGUCUCAGAAAACCCUUCAACUAGACGCUGAAAAGAAGAAGUCCGAAAAACUUCUGUAUCAAAUGUUACCUCGUCAAGUGGUGGACCAGUUACGAGUGAACAACUGUGUCCAAGCGGAACAUUUCGACCAGGUGACCAUUUUCUUUAGUGAUGUAGUUGGUUUCACAGAUCUGUCCAGUGUGAGCACGCCGCUCCAGGUGGUCGAUCUGCUCAAUAACCUCUACAGUCUGUUUGACUCUUGGAUUGACCAGUAUGACGUGUACAAAGUAGAGACAAUCGGGGACGCUUACAUGGUGGUCAGCGGACUACCGGAGAGAAACGGAGAACGUCACGUGAUCGAGAUCUGCUCCAUGUCGCUAGACAUUGUACAGUCUGUGCAACACUUUACUAUACCUCACCUGCCACAGCAAAAGUUAAGGAUUAGGAUAGGCAUUCAUUCAGGUCCGUGUGUGGCUGGGGUUGUUGGGGUGAAGAUGCCUAGAUACUGUUUGUUUGGUGAUACUGUGAACACGGCCUCCAGAAUGGAAUCCUCAGGUGUCGCUCAGCAGAUUCAUAUAAGUGAAGCAACGAAGACGUUGUUGGAUAGUGUGGGUGGAUAUCAGUGUGUAUUAAGAGGGGAUGUAAAUAUAAAGGGUAAAGGCAUCAUGCGCACAUACUGGCUUACUGGCCGUUGCGCAAACGGUUGACGGCUCAGUGAAGAUUCCCGGGCAUGUCUCG